AUGUCGCAAGACGCCCUCAUGGACGCUCCCGGAGACCCAGGUCAUCAUACAGAGUCCCCCAAUCCUACACAAAACUCCCCCGACGUCCCCUCUACCCAGCAACAACGCUUUGCAACCUCCAUCAAUGCUUUUGGCCUGCACCCGCCAGCGGCAUCCUCACCCGCCCUCGCCAACGCACUCCUUUCUUCCCGCGAGGGCUAUUUCGGCCUCACGGACCAGGCAGUGAGAAAAGUGCGCCGGCCGAGUAUGCUGAGCUUGACGCAGAAUGCGAGCUUUCAGUCGGACGGGACUCCGUCGGAAGGUGCUGGACCGCGCUCGCCGUUGGUUGGGACGUCGAAACAAUCGUCGGGAAUGGCGGAAGACAAGCCGGGACAGGCGGGGGAGGGUAGGAUGGUGAUGGACAUGGUGCAAGAUCCGUCGAGCAGCAAUGCCGUCAAUCAGUUCUCGUCAGCUACGUCGCCCAAUGGGCCUCUACAGCCCACCCCUCGUUGGCCAUCAGUCGGGUCUUUCCAAGAUUCUUUCCUCAAACGAUCUACAUCCACAUCGACCAUACCCAUAGACGGUCUCAAAACAUCUACCCCGCCAGCUCCUUUAGACCCGUCCGACGCCCAACGGCGGCAAAUCGGUCAAGAUACAGAGAUGGCGGGUACUUCCCCAAACGGAGAAGGGCUCAAAUGGUCUCCCUCUACCCAUACCGAGACACCGAAUAAUCACAAGGGUAAAGGCCGAGAGUCUCCGACUUCUCCCAACUCUAGCAAAUUACACCAACCGCCCUUUACCGGCCGACCCUUACCCUCAGCUCUCUUGCAGACGCUCAUAUCCGAGUCUGCGCCUCUCGAGCACGAGAUCCAGUCCGAAGCACGCCUUCAACGCUUGCUCAUUUCCCAUCCCGCCAAACUCCCCCUCACGCCCCGGGCACCACGAGGCAGCAGAGGCCGCUUCCCCGAACAAGUUGGCGGGGAUGACGACGACCCGGACGCCACAUUCCCGGAUACAUCUUCCCUCUCUGCUCUUUCCAGACGGUGGGCGAGGGAUGACUCGGAUAGUGAUUCGGAUGACGAGCAUGAUGAGACGGUGGGUGGGGAGGUGAAUGCGGCGUUCGCAGCAGGGAUGGACAUGGACCGCCCGGGUUCGAGUUCUUCCGCAGGAUGGCAGACCGUCCUCGACCGGCGAGAACGUGAAGGCAGCGGGAAAUCGACAACAACUUCAGGUAACGAUCAUCGUUCGUCCACUGGUAGUGCCGGACAAGCAGGCUUUCCAUUCCCGCCGAAUGUGCAACAGGUAUUUUCUACUCCUGCGCCGAAUUCAGGCCAACAGCAGCCUGGGACGCUGAAGAAUACUCGGCUGAACAUGCCCAAUUCGGCUGGUGGCGUGGGGCCUUCUCCCGGUACAGGAUACACUCUGCCGAAUGCUUUUGGGGGAAUGGGAAUGGGCACGCCGUUGGGCAGUCCGACAGUGGAGCGAGGCGAGCUUGCUGGGUCGCCGAAUGCGUCCAUGUCUUCACCUGGUCUGAUGCAGUAUCGCGAAUCGGGAAGUACCGGUAUGCGCAUGGGCAAGAGAAAAGCCCAAGAAGACCGCUUCGACCCCUACAAACGCCCCCGCGGUACAUCCCCCUCCGCCAACCUCCUCUCCUCCUCCCCUUUCCCCCUCUCCCCAUCCCGCCAGUCAUCAAUCCCCAUCCCAGCCUCCCCUUCCCAUCUACCAAUAUACCCAUCCUCACUAGGGUCCAUCACGCCUCUGGGGUCGACCCUGGGCAACGGGCGUGGUCAACAUCCGUCUGCCUCGAGGCCGGGGCAUCCUUAUGCAAGAACUAUAGCUAGUCGGUCUCGGGCGGCGAGUCCGGCGCUCAGUAUUGGGAGUGGGGCAGGAAGCUUGGGGUCGGGGAGGGGGUUCUUGGGCCAGGGUGGGUCGACGAACGGAAAUGGGAAUGGAAAUGGGAAUGGGAACGGCCAUCAGGGGCAAGGAUCUCUAGGAGGCUUGGGCUUGCUUAGUCUCGCCAAUAGAGUCCGGGAAGAGGAAGAAGAGAACGUAGACCCAGGUCCAGGGCCGAAACCACACACAGGAGAUGGGGAAGGUGAAGGCGUGAAAGAGAGUGAUAGGAUGGAGGAAGAUUGA